CAUUUCACUUUUCAGUAAUGAUGGCGCACUUGCGAAAGGUGUUUAGUUUACUGUAACUUUUAUUUUUAUGUGGUGCCGUGAAGUGAAAACUAAGUGAUUUUAAUGCCGUACCGUAGGCGCUUCACAGCCAAGAUGCCAGAUUUCGACGACGAAGUCACUGUCGUCGAUGUUUACGACCUGGCGUCGGAUAUUGGCAAGGAAUGCGAGAUAAUUAUCGAAAAAUACGGCCCUGACGCCGUUACAGCGCUUCUGCCUAAAGUGAUUAACGCGCUGGAGUUGUUGGAGAACCUAGCGGUGCGGAACGAGAAGGAGAACCAGGCGCUGCAGGAGCUCACGGCGAAGAUCUCGCAGUUGGAGAAUGAUAAGAUAGAGAAGGCAGAGUACAGGCAGCGCUUCGAGAAGGAAAUAGAAGCGAUCGAAGAGCAAUGGCGGACAGAAUCAGCGGAGCUGGUGACCGCUGUCGCUCGCCUUCAGGACGAGAACAAACGCUUACGGCGGACCAUCAACGCGCCAGCAGAUGGCUCGAGUGCCCCACCGUCGCCGGCGCGGGAGCACGACCAGGAGGUUCUGUCCAGGCUCAGCAGCACGGCGGAAAAGCAGCGCGCCACAUUACGUCACCAGGAGCUGCAGCUGCAGGAGAAACAACAGCUGAUUGACAGCUUGACGAAUCAAGUGGAGAAGUUGGCGCAGGUCAGCCGGGAUCUUCGGCGGAAACAUAAGCAGAUACAGAAUCAGCUACAGCCAAAUAAUUGUGAUCGGGGGGUAACACUAGUUGAAACAUUUAUGUCUCCUCAGAAACCAGAGAUGCGUUUAGUCUGCGAAGAGCGUUCAGAGCUGACAGCCAUAGUACAGUCACAACAGAGGGACAUCGCCGCGCUACAGCAGGAUAGCGCACAAAACAAGCAGAAGUGCCCGACAUGCGGCGUGGCGACCCCGGAGGGCGGUGACGAGGACUCGCAGUCCUCCCGGCCCACCUUCAGCGUGCGCGAGCUGCGCGCCAUCCUGCACGAGCGGAACGAGCUCAAGCUCAAGCUCAGCCGCGCGGAGGAACAGCUGCAUGCCCUGCAGCAUGAUCAGCAGCAUGACAGUGGUUCAGACACAUCUCCAUCAGUAAGCACGGCGGCGCCCGAAGAGGAGGAGGCUCCUGUCCAGGGGCCUCUCCCGGCAGAGCCUGACGACGCGCCGUGGAAGCGGAACAGCGGCAUCAGGAAGUUGUUCCGCCUGGCGCUGUCGUCGAGAAGCGAGGGGCGUCGCUCGCCGCCGCCGCGAAUCUCUUUCGGCCCUUGGUAUUGAAGAUGUGUUGCGUUAUCGUUUUCGCAAGCUCUUUGCUGAGUCUGAUCUCGCCGUGGGCGGGUUCCCGCGGCGGCCGCUGUCGUCCCUGUCGCGCGGCG